UAGUCCAGCAACAUCCAGGGACCCAAGGCUGAAUUCUAUAUACAAGGAGGGGUAUCCAACCUUUCCUAAGAGAAACAGAAUAGCUAUAUAAAGAGCUGGUGAAUUAUUGCUGUAAGUGGGAGGAAGACCAUCUUUGGCUGGGAGACAAGCUACUUUCUUACCAUGGAGCAGACAGUGUCCAGAAGUCGGUUGGGUUUUAGCCUGUUGAGUGUGACUUUCCUGCUGUGUUUGACAAGUGGAGCCUUUGGGUCUAUAGAUCCAGACAAGCUGAAGGCAAUCAUUGACUACAUCAGAGAGUAUGGCAUCCCCAAUAACCAUUAUGCUGUGGCUGUAAGACUGGAUAACACAUACUGCAGAAAUCCUACACGGCAGAAUUUAGAGACUGCUUUACCUACAAACCAAAUGACUCAGAUGCAGACGGCUAUUAAACAGGAAAAUGGAAUGUAUGACCCAGAUCAGAUAGGGGAUGUUGUUGCAGCCAGGCCAAAGACUCUGAAACGUUCAGCAGAGCAUGCUGAAUGGCGUUUACUGACCGGAGGCCAGAAUAGCCCAGUAGAAAGGAUCCUAGCUAAUAAGGACCAAAAUAGUUGCCUGAUCUUCUUUAGCAAAUUAUCCCCCUGUGUGAACCGAUGUCUCAAUGAGAAUGACAUGAGAAACAUUGUACAGAUGGUCAACCCCCUUUUUAACAGGUACAAUGAAGAUGCCAGGGCUUUUGUUUUUGAGACUGUUUAUAGGAGGGACACACAGAAGGAGAAGGAGGUUGUGGUGGAGGCCUGGGAAAGGAUCCAGAAUUCCCCCCUAUUCCGGUGCUACAAUGACAACCGAGGCUGUAUUCAAUGCUUUGACAACAACCAAAAGGCUGACAGUCCAUGCUUACUUGAUUAGAGCCAGAAAGAUGGUGAUGAUGCACCUUAUGGCAGCUAGUUGUGGGAUCUCAUGAUUGUCAAGUGGGCUCCUGUGUAGAUUGCCAAUAGAGUCAAGGCUUCCGCUGCUUUAACCAACUUAACCUUUGUAUAUGAUGCAUAUACU